GGGACCUUUCCAUGCGGAGGAUCAGAGGUGAUGACACGCGCGAUCCCCAGUCCCGCUGUAGGUCUCGCACCGGAGACAUGGUGACACAACACCAGAUCAGCUUGCAAGCUUUUCUUGAAGAGUAGUUGCUCGAUUUUUCUCGCUGAACCGUAGAGGACACCAAUGGGGAACUCUUAUGCAGGCCAGCUGCGGACCACACGUUUUGAGGAGGUCCUCCAUAACUCCAUUGAGGCAUCACUGAGGUCGAACACCAUAAUACCCCGACCUGUCUUCUCACAGUUAUACCUCGAGACAGAGCAGCCACUGGCACGUGACGAUGAAGACGAUGAAGAUGGCUCAGAGUCUAAUAGUCCUCCGAUACCCUACCAGAUGAAGCCCCCACCUGAGGGAUGCUGCACCACUGACGGCUUUUGUCAAGCGGGCAGGGACCUUCGCUUGUCCUCCCUUGCUUCUGAUCCCUUGGAUGUACCCCCUGGGUUCAUGUUGGUUGGAGUAAAGUCUCCUUCUCUUCCUGAGAACCUGCUGGUCUGCGCUGUGGACCGCCGCUUCCUGCCAGACGAACGGGGUCGUUACGCACUGUUGGGUUUCUCAGGAAACUGUAUGGGCUGUGGAGAGAAAGGUUUCCGCUAUUUCACAGAGUUCUCCAAUCACAUUAACCUGAAGCUCCACACCCAGCCCAAGAAACAGAAGCACUUGAAGUACUAUCUGUACCGAAACAGCCAGGGCUUGCUCGUCAAAGGGGCUCCCAUCUGUUGGAGGGGAAAUGAUGGCAGGAUGAGACAGUUGGGACCCACCCUCUCAGAAGGCCAAUCGACACCAGAUCAACAGCCACCAAAUCUAGCAUUGAGUCAGCCAUCACACACGCCCGGCAGCCACUCAGCUUCACACGCAGAGCCACAAACAGCUGACGUCUCCCACAAUCUGAUAAAUGACAACCAGGCUGUUCCCUCCAAUACUCAUCCACCUUUAAAUCAGUCAGGGCCUGGAAGACCCUCAGCUACAGGGGUACAUCUAAAUACUGGGCCCCCCAAAAAGAGGCACAAGGGCUGGUCACCUGAAUCAUCUACCAGCAAUCUGCCAGAGAGCACCGCGAAGACGCCACCAUCUUCAUUGGCCUCAUCAACAUUAUCAGUGUCCUCUGUCGCCACCAACGGCUCCAGAGCAGAGACUACAGCCCAGCAGGGUUCAUCGCAGUGGAUCUCAACACCACUUUCUCCCCCAGAGGUGCCAGUAAUAGUUCCGGAUCAGCUGCUGCAAACCUGCAGACUGCAACCUGUCAUUUUCAAAGGUCAUGGCCCUCUUCCUCAGCUGACUGGCAGUGUAAGUGAUGUACUUGUCAGUUCUCUACUUCAGAGCUGUUAUCUGAGCUCACAAACACUGCCCAGAGUCUACCAGCACUAUGGGCCAUCACCCAUUCAACCACUGUCCACUGAGAUGCAGAUUCUGCUCACUGUCUAUUACCUUGUUCAGCUUGGGUCUGACCAGGUGCCUCUGGUUGAGGACUUGGAACAAAUAUUCAUGAGAUCCUGGAGGGAGUCCCACCUCAGUGAGAUCAGACAGUACCAGCAACCUCAAACAACUGGAACCCCAGGGAGGCACUAUGGCAUAGAGAUCCCCCCUGUAUUGCCUGGGCUCCCCCAGUAUCUGUCUUUGCCCUCACAAAGCCCACAACCCUUGACCCCCAACCAGCUUCCCUGGCUUGCCCAGCUGGCUGCAUCAUCUUACGGCGAGGGCGUGGUAGUGUUGGGGAAGGAUGUAGGAUCUUUGGCUCAAGGCCUCCAGCUAACUUUCAGCAGGUUAAUGGAAGGACGGCUUGAAAACACCAACUAUGUGGUCAUCAUUGUCACUGCACCAGGACAGGAAACACAGUCCUGUGUGGUAGUUACAGGUAAGCACCAGUGUCGUGCCUUGGCAGAGAGUAUGUUCUCUCCCAGUCAGGGUCUGAAAGAAAUUGCCCAUCAGCUCUCCACUGGUGUUGCACAAGAACUCAUCCACUACUGCAAUUCCCUCGGACAAGAUGGUGAUAUAGAUUCCCUUCUGGACAAUGCCAUUCUGGACAGCAAUGAGCCAUCUCCCUUAUCCAGCAGCCAAGAAUCAGCUGAGGAGAGGAGUAAUAAAAGUCCCAGAGUCACACACAGUCCAAAGGACCCCCAUACACACCUUUCAAAAGACAGCCCAAAAGACACAGCUUCAAGUACCAAAGACACCUGUUCAGAAUACUCUGUUGAUUGGCGAGAGGUGCGUCCCAUCCAGCUGGCAGUGGCUAGAAAGCUGUUGUCCCAUGUUUGUGCUAUAGCCGACUCCAGCACACAGAACCUAGACCUUGGCUCCUUUGACAGGGUCAGCUUCCUCAUCCUUGUCCCGCCCUCUGAGGUUACAUUUCAGCAGACUAUUCUCCACCUCUGGAGCUCUGGUGUUCUGCAGGAGCUUGGCAGUUUAGACCAGGCAUGUGUGUCUCACAGAGAGGCUGAACGUUAUGUGGUCAAGAUGGACCACAGCGCUCAGGCACGUAUUGACAGCCUGAUCCGGGAAGCAUACAGUAACUCGUACACACUUUACAUCCUGGUCCACGACCAUGCCCACUGGGAUAUUAGCAGUGCAACCUACAGCAGCUCAGAUAGUGGUUUGGGUCUUGUGGACCAACUGUUAAACUCCCGACAAGUCAAAGAUGCUACAAACAUCCUGAUUCUACACGUCACUUCGUUUCCCUUUGCUCUUCAGACACAAUGCACCCGCAUCAGUCCCUACAACGAGAUCCACUGGCCGUCUGCAUUUAGUAAUGAUGUGGACCUGUAUCAUGAGAGGACACGGUACUUUGGUGUGUCAGAGCUUUUGGAGUCGACUCAUUCAGGGAGCAGCCUGCCUCUGAUGCGUUAUGAUCCCUCAUUUGAAAGCAUGGCAGCUACCUUGGAAGAAAGGUUUCCAAAGCUGCACAGUGCUGUGAUCCGGACCACAGUUUUGAUCCAGCACUACUGUGUUGCUCUGAUGGCUGUGUCAGGAAGGUUCAACCGUUCCCACAAUCUCCAAAAACACACUUCAGUGGAGACCAUGGAAAUUGUACAGUCACUGGUCAAUGCUGCACAGCAGUGUCCAGCCCAUCAUGGUCACAUGGUACUUGUGCGAAUCCCCUCUUUGGCUCUGGCAGCGUGGGCCCACCAACGGCUGUCCAGAGUGAGGAAGCAGCUGGGUCUGGAGGAGAAUUUCGAAAUCAUACUGGGGAAUCCCAAACAGGAUCUGAAUAUUGGACAGUCCUUUACAGAUCAGAUCAAGAAAUGGUUGAAGAUCCAGGAUGCUGACUGGGUUCCUCGUACCUACCUGGAGCUGGAAGCCCUUCCUUGCAUCCUGAUCCUUUCAGGGGCUGAGCCAUUAGGAGAGUCACUUCCCAGGUCGCUAAAGUACUGUGACCUUCGAGUGAUAAGCUGCUCAUACCUGCAGCGUACCACGCUUGAACAAGAGUUGGGACUGGCUGCUUAUCUAGUGAAGAAAGAGUCACGACCACCACAAAACCUUGGAUCAGGAAGUGACCUGCUCGAAAGCGAUGCUGAAAAACUCAGUAGUACUGACAAUGAAGAGGAGGAAGGACAAGAUAAUGGGGAGCCCAGCCAGCCACUCCAGGCAUGCCCAGAUAGUGGAGCUCUGGAUCUCAACCCUGCUCAAAGCACCACCUCUCCAAAUGUUGAGAAAGUGGCCUUGGAUGCCAUACAAUCUUCCUCACAAUCACAGACUCAACUUCAGCCACAAUUCUCCUCUCAGUCUUUUCCAUGUCCUCAAACUGCACCAGAGUCCCAAACGCAACCUUAUGCUCCAUGUUAUUCGCAGUCUCAGCAGAUCUCCCAGCUGCAGUCCCAGACUCAAAUUCAGCUGUUAUCUCAAACAAAUCCUCAACCUUACCUUCAAAUACCCCCUCAACAACCGUUACUUUCCCAAAUGCAAAUACGCUCUAAAUCAACAUCAUCCGGCUCGUCCUCUCCACGAGCUUCCUCGCCUCAUCCGAGCUGCUCCUGGGCACGAGGAGCGAGUCGGCCACCUUCUGUGCUCCUGCCUCAUGCCCUCUACAACGUCAUUACUGCAAGUGACAGCAGCGGGCUUCCACGAUGUACUUCAUUCCUGCCACACAUGUCUGUUGCAUGGGCAAGCAGCUUCAGGCCUUUGCUGAGUAAAAUGAUGACAUGUACAGAGCAGUCACUUUAUUAUCGUCAGUGGACGGUCCCUCGCUCGUACCACAUGGACAGCAGCAAUCGCACAGAAGGCCGAAGUGACAACUUCCACCCUCGCAGGUUGCUGCUCAGUGGCCCCCCACAGGUGGGUAAGACAGGAGCAUACCUGCACUUCCUGGGCAUUCUGUCGCGCAUGCUGAUCAGACUGAUGGAGGUGGAUAUCUACGAUGAAGAAGACAUCAACUGCAAUUCCCAGACAGAGGGAGUGCAGUACCAUCCAGCCAGUGCUCCCUGGCCCAACCCAGAGAUUGUGAGGACGAUGCCUUUCGACUACACCAUCCACGACUCCAAAUAUGAUGACAUCAGCACCAUAUACUGCCCUGGAUAUAAAUCCAAUUCUGAAGGAAAUCCUGUGCGAAAGGAAGAUGUGUACCUACGUCGGCGGACAGCUAGGAUAAAGUUGUCUAAGUAUGCAGCCUACAACACGUAUCAUCACUGCGAACAGUGUCAUCAAUACCUGGGCUUCAACUCUAGAUACCAGAUGUGCGAGUCAACACUGCAUGCUUUCACAUUCACUCAUCUACUGCUUGGGGAAGAGAUCCAGCUCUACUUCAUCAUCCCAAAGUCUAAAGAACACUACUUCAGCUUCAGCCAACCUGGAGGCCAACUGGAGAGCAUGCGGCUGCCGCUCACUUCUGACUGGAGCCCAGACUGCAUCAAGAGUCCAAUCUUCACCCCAACCACCGGCCGUCAUGAGCACGGUCUGUUUAACCUGUACCACGCCAUGGAUGGAGCCUCUCAUCUACAUAUCCUGGUGGUCAAAGAAUAUGAGAUGGCAGUCUACAAAAAGUACUGGCCCAACCACAUCAUGCUGGUGCUGCCCACUGUCUUCAAUGGGGCUGGAAUAGGUGCUGCUCACUUCCUGAUUAAAGAGCUUUCCUAUCACAACCUGGAGCUGGAACGCAGCCGACGUUUGGAGGGAGGGGGUCCAGCUGGUGAUGUCUGGCCUUUCAUCAUCCUGGCUGAUGACUCCUGUGUUAUGUGGAACACAUUAGACCUGGAAGCACGCAAUGGCCCAGUAGAGCACGCUGUGUCACUGAAACAGGUACUACAGCACAUGGAGGCCUGUCCAGACCUAUCCCACUAUGGUCUAUGUGGCAUCAGGAAGUGGAGCAGCCGUGGACUGACAGGUAAUGUACUGCGGGAACCCUUCUCUCGAGGUCAUCUUCAUGACUUCUUCCUCCUAAAUGUUGACCGGAGUCAGAAUGUCCAGUACGACCAGAACCGCUUCACCUGUCAUGACGUCGAUUUCACUCUGAGGCUGCACAGUGCCGGGCUUCUUGUCUGCAGGUUCAACAACUUCAGUGUCAUGAAGAAGCAGAUCGCCAUUGGAGGAUACAGAACAUUCAUUAUCAAGACAAAGAUGACAGAUGUUCCCACCUCUGUGAGCCCCUCACAGUACAUCUGUGCCCCAGACAGUAAGCACCUUUUCUUGGCUACACCAGCUCAGCUCCUUCUGGAAAAAUAUCUCCAGCACAACAGCCAUAAACUGUUUCCACUCAGCACCAAGAACUACACACACCCUGUACUGUCUGUGGACUGCUACCUUAACCUGGGACCUGAGGUGACAGUGUGUUUUGUGAGUUCCAGACCUCAUUCUGUGAACAUCAGUACAGCAGGGUUGCUGUUCAGCGGACUCCUCCUUUGUUUUGCAGACUCCUUUGUGACUCCCGGGUUCCUCAAGAAGUUCACCUUCCUUAAAGGUGCAACUCUGUGUGUCAUCAGCGCAGAUCGUAGCUCGCUGAGGGAGACGGUGGGCAGGUUGGAGCUGGAAGAAGAGUGGCGGUUUAGGCUCAGUGAUGAGUUCCAGACUGCCAAUGCCAAAGAGGACCGGCCACUCUUCUUUCUGACUGGAAAACACAUAUAACUGAAGCAGAUGUGCACUUUGGGCUUGUCGUAGACACGACUGAAAUUACUAAUUGUCAAACAGAACAAAAACAGGAAAGGGAUUUUUUUGUUCUGUUUUUUGUUUUGUUUUUUUAAGCUUUAUGUGCUGCUCCAUGAAAUUGUUUAAUGUUCGUGUUUUGGAAAUACAUUUAUGUUCUCAGCAAGAUAUACUGAUUGUCUGAGAUGUCUGGGGAAUGUACGUGCACAGGAAAGAGGCAUUUUUAUCCUUCAAACAAAGUUGCUAGCCUCCGUAACUCACAUUACUACUUUUGAUUUUUGUGAUAUCUGUUUGCAGAUUUAGUUGUUUAGAAUUACUCAAUGAAAUGUCAGUGUUUAGACUUCUUUGCAGGUGCAGGAAACACGGAGAGCUUUAAGGAACGUGGAGGCAGUCGUUUGUGUGACAUGAUAGCUGGCUUCUGUCGAUAUUUUUGUAGGGUUAUUUUUGUAGAUGCUUGUUUUGCUUGUAUGUUCUUACAUAUAAAAUAUUUUGAAUUAUAUUUCAUCAGAUUGUUAUCAUGUAAAAAAUACAUUUGUUUCGGUGUGUGCAAGAAUAAGAAUUCUGAGCUGUUUAUAUCGGAUGCAGGGCAUUUUUUGUGCUCCAGAAGGCUGUGUGAUUAUUUUGUUUCUACUUGUAUAAGAAACAUUAAUUGACUGUAUUUUGUAUGUACAAUUUUGUAUGCUUUUAACUGUAUAAAUGUACAGACAUUUUAAAUAACUUGUGUCUGUGUGUUUGA